AUGGGAGCCAUCACCGCUUGCGCUGAGGACAUAGGGAAAAGGAAGGGGAAACCGUCAAUUCCUGGACGGAAAUUGCUAGAUCCAUGCAGAGAAGAGGAGAGGCGAGAAGAGGGAGAGACGGCACCGGUGCGGGCAGAGAGCCGACGCUGGACGGGGAACGGGGCGGCGGCCGUCGUGUCGCGCGGCAGCGGCGUCCGGACCUCGGCAGGAGCGAAACGCGGGCGGCGCUGGGUGGGGCAGUCGCGCCCGCGGCCACCGGCGGACGUGAGGAGCAGGGAGCGCCGCGCCGGAGGUGUGAGGCGCGGGGUUGUGGCGGCGUGA